AUGGGUGUUUUAAAACAAAUUCGCGUGCUGAUUUUUAGGGAGGUGUCCGAACACCUCUUGCCUAAAACCCUCCCUGUUGCAGUUUCUUCUAUAGCUGUUCGAACGGCUUUUAAAAGUGGAUAUCUAGCACCUUAUAGGGGACAGAGAUACCAUCUUGAGACUCGUGAUGCCUACGUGCCGCUCAACCCAAUGACCAGACUUGCCGCUUGCGACGAUCUCCCACACUCCCACUCUGGCAUAUCACAAUUGAAUACUCAGGUACAGAAGAUGGAAAACUCAAGUGAUACUCCAACAUCUACACAAAAUGCAUCAACGGCAAGUAAUUCGCAAUCGUACACUCGUGUUAAAAAAGAUAUUGCUUGGGAGAUUCAGAAGAGCUUGAAUGAGGUUAAGGAAAGGAGGGAGAAUCAAGCUUCUUUUGGUAGUAGUAAUCCAACUGAGUUAGAUAAUGAAUUUGAUGAUGGGGGCCGUGGGACUAGCAAUGCAUCAAAUAGAAAUAAGAGAAUGAGGCCUGAGAUUGGGAUGAAGCGAUACGUUCCUAGUGGUACCACUGCAGGAUCUCAACCAUCCAUUAAGCUACAACCUUGGGUAGAUGCUAUAGCCUCUGUUGGAUUUAGGUAUAAAGUUCCUACUAAUCAUAAACUAAGAGUCAAUCUUUUAGCUAAUGCAAAAAAAGAAGUUCAAUUGUUGAUUGAUUCUCUUAGGAGUUGUUGGGAGAAGUAUGGAUGCACUAUAAUGGGUGAUGGAUGGAAGGAUAACAAGCAGCGGCCAUUGAUCAAUUUUCUAGUAUAUUGUCCAAGAGGUAUAUCAUUUAUUAAAUCUGUUGAUGCUUCCAAUAUUGUGUGUGAUGCUGCAACUUUAUCUAGUUUGUUCUGUGAAAUUAUGGAGAUUGUUGGUCCGAAAAAUGUAGUGCACAUGGUCACUGAUAAUGCUAGCUAUUAUAAAGCUGCAGGAGUUUUGUUGAGUGAAAAAUAUCCUAUCAUUAGUUGGUCACCUUAUACAGCUCGUUGUCUCAAUUUAAUUCUUAAAGACAUUGCUAAAUUCCCAAAUGUGGCAACUUUGGCACAACAUGCAUCUCGUGUUACUGUAUUUGUUUACAAUCACAAAUGGACUUUGGGUUGA